AUGCAUUUGUUAAAAGGUGGUGUGGUAUUAAUCAUAACGCUAAUCUUGUUCCUAAUAACGUCGUCUAUUGUUGCUAUUCGUGAAGACCCAUCGUUGAUUGGAGUAGACAGACAGAUCCCAACAGGUCCUGAUCCUUUACAUAAUCCUCCUCAGCCUUCACCAAAACAUCAUCAUUGGAUCGGAGUCGAGGAAAACAAUAUCGACCGGUCUUGGAAUUAUGUGGAUUAUGAAUCUCAUCAUGCACAUAGUCCUAUACAUAACUCUCCUGAGCCUGCACCAUUAUAUCGUCAUUUGAUUGGAGUCUAG